AUGGCGGCGUACGCAUCCUCGUCAUCCUUUUCCAGUCAGACCACUUCCAGCUCUGCCAGUACCCUUCCCUCUUCGAGAGGGAGUUGGACCGAUCCCAGAGACAGCAAACCAGACUCGAGCUCCGAAAAGGUCUACCCUCACAUCAAGGAUAUCAUCCAAGAUGCAACGUCAUUUCAGGCCGACGGCUCGCUUGUGUACUAUCUCAGCGACGUUGAAAACUGUGUCGCAACCGCCCGAAAUGCGCUGGAUUUUGGGCGGCCUGACCUGGCUUAUAAAAGUUACGUUCGCGGAUAUGAAAUCGCCGUCAACCAUAUUCCUCGACAUAAGGAGUAUGGGUUCUGGGAUCACAAUCACUCUUGGGCAACGAAGUACAAGACUGCCCUCCGAAAGUUGAACGAGUUGGAAGGCCAAAUGACCCAAGUAAAGGUCAUCAUCGAAGAUAAUAACGCACAGCACGGGACACGACCACAGUCAUGGGCCGUUCCGCGAAAGCCGGUGUAUUCUACCGGUUUUGGAGUGCCUCCAAAUGCCGCGGCGCCAGGAGGGGGACGACCGUCGUCUGCUGGUGACUCUGGAAUCUCGAAUACCCGAGAGAACCCUCCUCGUGCAUCUCACGAGCUUCCCGACGCCCUCCGAAUAGAACGAGCGCGUCCCACUAGCAAACCCAAACCUGAAGGUCUGCAAGGACGACCACUGACCGAGGCUUCUAACGAUCUAAGUCAAAGGUUUGCUCGUCUCCGAGGAUUGGGAAAUGCUUCCGAGGAGUCGAGUGUCCUCUCUAUGCCCAAAGCAAGCGAUUUUCAGCCUGGCGCCGGAUUUGGUCCGCGACCGCAAUCAUAUUCUUCCGCAGGCGUCAACGGAUUUCCCAGCCCGCGGCUGAGCGGGCCACGAGACAUGCCUUCCAGCAAUGGCCCGUCAAUACCGCCCAAAGUUCCUCUUGCCACAUCAAUGGUUAUGCCCAAACCGCCUAGUCCCGCCUAUAGUCCUAUCAACACUACUUCCGGUGGUUUCCAUGCAAACAAUCGGCCCUCGACAGAAGGCGGUCGUCCUCCGUCAGAAAGGAGACAAACAUACUACAAUCAAUCUCAAAACUCGUCGUCUACUUCGUUACACCUGCAGCGAACUCGCGAUGAGAUUCUGCUACCCUAUCGACCGAUGACUCCAAACGGGGUGAAUUCUGCCAUGAUCCCGAAAAGCAGCUCCAGUGAUCUUCCCCAUAAAACGUCAAUCGAUGCACCUACCUUGCACGAAUACAUGAGGAAGUACAAUGUCCUUCUUAUCGAUAUUAGAGAGCGGGUUCUCUUUGAUGACGGGCAUAUCAUGUCUAGUUCUAUCAUCUGUAUCGAACCCAUCUCCCUCAAAGAGGGAGUCUCAGCGGAAGAGCUCGAGGAUCGGCUCGUUCUGGCUCCCGAUGCCGAACAAUCCCACUUUGCUCGCCGAAAUGAAUUCGACCUGGUGGUGUACUACGAUCAGGACACGAACGACAACUCAUAUUUGAAAGGUCCUCCGACAAUGACCAAAGCUCCCGCACUGAGAGCGCUCUACGACACCUUGUACGAGUUCAAUGACACCAAACCUCUCAAGGACGGUCGACCUCCCGCGUUGUUGGCGGGCGGUCUUGACGCUUGGAUUGACUUCGUGGGGGCUCAUUCGCUGGUACGUUCCAAGACGGCGGCCACCCUCGGUACGACGCGUCAGCGAGUUGCCGUUGGUCCUGGGAGGCCCAUUGCCCGACAACGCAUGGUGUCUGCCAAUUCGCGAUAUGAGGUCCGCAACCGACGACUCCGCGAUCACAAGUUCCUGGACGAAAGCGAGCAGGAAGCAUGGCGUCAACAGGCGCUUCAGGAAGAAGUGACGCCCAAUGAAAGAGCUGAGACCGGGAGUGACGAGGAAUAUCCUGCUGCGGAAGAGGAACAGGUUCCUCCCUCACCAUUUGUGCCAGACUACGAGACGUUCUUACGCCGCUUCCCUUCGAUCAAGCAGCAAGAGUCGAUGGUGAUGCCAUCUCGGAGACCCCUUCCUCCACACCCAGCGGCCUACCUUCCUCAACCUGUUACUUCUCCUCCACCUCCUGCUGCACCUGCGGCCGCUCCCACAGUCCCGGCCAGACCUCCUCCUGCUAUACCCAGACCCAGCUAUUCCGGGGAGGCGGAUAUCCACGCCCCUCAGCCAGCACUGGCAAGAGUAACGUCUGCCACGCGACCGCCACUUUAUUCCUCUGCGACAUCUCUACGCAACAGAAGACUACCCAAGACCGGUCUCACCAACUUCGGCGUCACCUGCUACAUGAAUUCCACUCUACAGUGUUUGUCCGCAACUAUUCCGUUGUCGACCUUCUUCAAUGAUCGAUUGUAUGAAGGAUAUGUGCAACGCAACUGGAAGGGGAGCAAUGGCAUUAUGCCCAAGCUGUACGCCAACUUGGUCCAAGCAGUCUGGCAGGGAGAUAACGAAGUUAUCAAACCAUCUACUUUCCGGAACUUUUGCGGGCGUAUGAAUCGGGAAUGGGUCAUCGACCGACAACAAGAUGCCAAAGAAUUCUUCGACUUUCUAGUUGAUUGUUUGCAUGAGGACCUGAAUGUCAAUUGGGAACGAACCCCACUUCGACCACUCACAACAGCCGAGGAAAUGCAGAGGGAAAGAAUGGAUAUUGCACAGGCCAGUCCGAUUGAGUGGAAACGAUACGAACAUCGAGAUCACAGCUAUAUGUCGUCGCUGUUUGCAGGUCAACAUGCUUCUCGGCUGCGAUGUCUCUUUUGUAAGCGAACAUCAACGACUUAUGAAGCAUUCUACAGCAUCAGCAUUGAAAUCCCAAGGUCGGGCGCCGGGCACAUCUACGAUUGUCUCAAUUCAUACUGUCGCGAAGAGAAGCUGUCAGAACUGUGGAGGUGUCCAUAUUGUAAAUGUGAACGCGAAGCCACAAAGCAAAUCAUCCUCACUCGACUUCCACAAUUCCUUGUCAUCCACUUUAAACGUUUCGCUGCGUCGAAACAUGAGAAGGCCAAAAAGAUUCACACCCCGAUCGAAUUCCCCCUGUACGGCCUCUCCAUGGAUGACUUCGUCAUCCCUCGUCUUCCUCCGGUACCAGACCACGAUGGCAAGAUCGACAUGGCAACCACUCCACCGUAUAGCUACGAUGCGUACGGUGUGCUGAGACAUUUGGGUAACAGUGGUGACGGAGGCCAUUAUAUCAGUAUUGUCAAGGACCAAGGCCGAGGAUGCUGGAGGAAGUUCGACGAUGAAAGGCACAUGGAUCUCGAUCCUAACAAGUUAGGACCCAGGGAUCGCUUGCAAAAUUCCGAGGCGUAUAUUGUCUUUUAUCAGCGGGCGCAAGCGAGGUGA